GAGCAGCAGGAUGCCGUUCUCCUGACCCCCAUCCCGCAGGAUGUCGUGCCGCCGCGGCCCCGGCGAGCCGUGGCCGGCGCUGGAGUCGGUGGGGCUGAGCCGCAAGGAGCUGGCGCUGGCCGAGGCGCUGCAGAUGGAGUACGACGCCUUAUCCCGGCUCCGCCAGGACAAGGAGGAGAGUCGGGCCAGGAAGGAGCAGCUCCAGGAGCGCUCCCUCAUCUCCUGGGACGACCCCGUGGACAGGAACGCCAUCAAAGCGGCGCGGGGGCUCUCCGGCUCCGACCCCGCGCUCGGCCGCGCCGUGCCCGCCGUCCCCGAGGGUCCCCAAGCGCCGCCCGGGCCCAGCCCGCCCCGGCCGGAGCCGCAGCCCUGGAAGGGCCCCCUGAGCGGGGAUUACCUGCUCAUCUUCGAGGGCUCCCAGCGGGAUUUCCUCGGGGAGCCCCUCAACGGCUCCGAGCCCCACGACGGCGGCGGUUCCCCCAAAAAGCUCUCGCCGCCCCCGCUGCCCCCGCGGCACCCGCUGUGGGGCUGUCCCGAGGGCAGCCAGCGCUCGGGGAAGGCGUCCCCGCUGUCCCCCAAGGGCCAGGCCCAGCCCAGGGACAUCAACAUGUUCUCGGUGGCUCAGGACAAGCUUUUGGGGCGCCGCAUCUCCCAGGAGGAUCCCUACGGCGUGGACGCCAUCACCUGCCUCAACCUCAAGUCCACCUACGAGUGCGAGGUGCUGAGGGAAGGUUCCCGGGGCUGGAAGGAAGGCAGGAGCAUCCUGGAGAAGGAAUCCAGCGGGAAGCCGGUGGCGCGGAGCAAGACCAUGCCCCCCCAGGUGCCCCCGCGCACCUACGGAGCCCGCGCGGGCACCAGGAAGAACCUGGCGGCCAACAGGAACCGCAGGAUCUCCGUGGAGCCGGUGGGGCUUCCCAGGGGGGAAUUGGAGCUGGGCUGGGAUGGAGCUGGGAAUUCAGAGACGGGAAUUCAGACCCUGAGCCAUCCCUGCUCCCGCAGGCUGCGCUCCAGCUCCGGCUGCAGGGACGGCUCUGGCUCGGGCUUGGUGUGGAGCGCGGUGAGCCGGAGCGCGGAGCAGCCGGGCCACGGCGCCAGCCUGAAGGUGACAGUGCUGUGUGACAGCCUGAGGGAGCCGCUGACCUUCACCUGCGACUGCUCCUCCACCGUGGACCUGCUGAUCUACCAGGCGCUGUGCUACACCCACGACGAGCUCCACGCCGUGGACGUCGAGGAUUUCCUGCUCAAGAUCUGCGGCCUGGAGGAAUUCCUGCAGAACAAGCACUCGCUGGGCAGCCACGAGCACAUCCAGCACUGCAGGAAAUUCGACAUCGACAUCCGGCUGCAGCUGCUCAGGAGGAAGGGGGUGCGCAGCGACCUGGCCCGCACGGCCAGCGAUGACCAGAGCCCGUCCACCCUCAACCACCACAUCCACCUGCAGGAGCGACCCAUCAAACAGACCAUCAGCAGGCAGGCCCUGAGUCUCCUCUUCGACACCUUCCACAACGAGGUGGACGCGUUCCUGGCGGCCGAGGGCGACGUCCCCCUGAAGGCCGAGCGGGUGAUCCAGUCGGUCAUGGCCAUCUGCAGCGCCCUGGCGGCCGUGGAGUCGCAGGAGAUCACCGCCGCCCUCAACCAGAUGCCGCCCUGCCCGUCCCGCAUGCAGCCCAAAAUCCAGAAGGAUCCAAACGUUCUGGCCAAGAGGGAAAAUCGAGAGAGGAUCGUGGAGAGCCUCACGGCCGCCAUCCUCAACCUGGUGGAGCUCUACUGCAGCACCUUCAACGCCGACUUCCAGACGGCCGCGCCCGGCAGCCGCGAGCUGGGCGUGGCGCAGGAGGCGCGGCUGCUCACCUGCCCCCUGAGCUUCACCGUCUACGCCACGCACCGCAUCCCCAUCACCUGGGCCACCAGUUAUGAAGAUUUCUACCUCUCGUGCUCCCUCAGCCACGGCGGGAAGGAGCUGUGCAGCCCCCUGCUCACCAGGAAGGCCCACGUCUACAAAUACCUCUUCCACCUCAUCAUUUGGGACCAGCAGAUCUGCUUCCCGGUCCAGGUGAACCGGCUGCCCCGGGAGACCCUGCUCAGUGUCACCCUCUUCGCCGUGCCCGUGCCACCCCCGGGCGGCUCCUCGGACGCCAACAAGCAGCGGCGGGUCCCCGAGGCCCUGGGCUGGGUCACCACCCCCCUCUUCAACUUCAGGCAGGUCCUGACCUGCGGGCGGAAGCUCCUGGGCUUGUGGCCGGCCACUCAGGACAACUCCAGGGCCAGGUCGAGCGCCCCAAACUUCAACCAGCCCGACAGCGUCAUCCUGCAGAUCGACUUCCCCACCUCGGCCUUCGAGGUGAAGUUCACCAGCCCGCCCGCGGCCGAGGGCAGCCCCCGCUACGAGUUCGGCAGCCUGGGGGAGGAGGAGCAGCGCCAGCUGCGGGAGGCCAUGCAGAAAAAAUCCCUUUAUUGGCUGACAGAUGCGGACCGGCAGCGGCUGUGGGAGAAGCGCUGUCACUGCCACGCGUCCCCCGGCGCCCUGCCCAUGCUGCUGGCCAGUGCCCCCAGCUGGGACUGGGGCUGCCUGCCCGACAUCUACGCCCUGCUCAGCCAGUGGAGCUCCAUGAGCCACCAGGACGCCCUGGGGCUGCUGCACGCCACGUUCCCAGACCAGGAGGUGAGGAGGACGGCCGUGCAGUGGAUCGACUCCAUCUCGGACACGGAGCUGCUGGAUUACCUGCCCCAGCUGGUGCAGGCCCUGAAGUACGAGUGCUACCUGGACAGCCCCCUGGUGCGCUUCCUCAUGAAGAGGGCCAUCUGUGAUCUGAAGAUCACCCACUACUUCUUCUGGCUGCUGAAGGAUGGCCUCAAGGACUCCCAGUUCAGCAUCCGGUACCAGUACCUGCUGGCGGCGCUGCUGUGCUGCUGCGGGAAGGGGCUGCGCGAGGAGUUUGACCGGCAGUGCCUGUUGGUCAGCACGCUGGCCAGGCUGGCACAGCAGGUCCGGGACGCCGCCCCAUCCGCCCGCCAGGCCAUCCUGCGCGAGGGGCUGGAGGACGUGGCGCAGUUCUUCAAGGCCCACGGCUCGUGCCGGCUGCCACUCAGCCCCAGCCUGCUGGUCAAGGGCAUCGUGCCCCAGGACUGCUCCUACUUCAACUCCAACGCCGUCCCGCUGAAGCUCUCCUUCCAGAACGUCGAUCCGCUCGGAGAGAACAUCCGCGUCAUCUUCAAGUGUGGCGAUGACCUGCGGCAGGACAUGCUGACGCUGCAGAUGAUCCGCAUCAUGAACAAGAUCUGGGUGCAGGAGGGGCUGGACAUGCGCAUGGUCAUCUUCCGCUGCUUCUCCACCGGCCGCGGGCGAGGCAUGGUGGAGAUGAUCCCCAACGCCGAGACCCUGCGGAAAAUCCAGGUGGAGCACGGCGUGACCGGCUCCUUCAAGGACCGGCCGCUGGCAGACUGGCUGCAGAAACACAACCCCGAGGAGGACGAGUACGAGAAGGCCGUGGAAAACUUCAUCUACUCCUGCGCCGGCUGCUGCGUGGCCACGUACGUGCUGGGCAUCUGUGACAGGCACAACGACAACAUCAUGCUCAAGACCACGGGCCACAUGUUCCACAUUGAUUUUGGCCGGUUCCUGGGCCACGCCCAGAUGUUUGGCAACAUCAAGAGGGACAGGGCACCAUUUGUGUUCACCUCGGACAUGGCGUAUGUCAUCAACGGUGGGGACAAGCCCUCCAGCCGCUUUCACGACUUCGUGGACCUGUGCUGCCAGGCCUACAACCUGAUCCGCAAGCACACCCACCUCUUCCUCAACCUGCUGGGGCUGAUGCUGUCCUGCGGCAUCCCCGAGCUCUCCGACCUGGAGGACCUCAAGUACGUCUAUGACGCGCUGAGGCCGCAGGACUCUGAUGCCGAUGCCACCACCUACUUCACCAGGUUGAUCGAGUCCAGCCUGGGCAGCGUGGCCACCAAGCUCAACUUCUUCAUCCACAACCUGGCGCAGAUGAAGUUCACGGGCUCGGACGCGCGGCCCACGCUGUCGUUCGCGCCCCGCACGCACACCCUCAAAACGUCCGGCCGGAUCCGCGACGUCUUCCUCUGCCGCCACGAGAGGGUCUUCAACCCCAGCAAGGGCUAUACCUACGUGGUGAAGGUGCAGAGGGACAACCCGGGCGAGGUCACCUUCGUGCAGCGCACCUUCGAGGAGUUCCAGGAGCUGCACAACAAACUGCGCCUCCUCUUCCCCUCCUCGCUGCUGCCCAGCUUCCCCAGCAGGUUUGUCAUCGGGCGCUCGCGGGGCGAGGCGGUGGCCGAGCGGCGCAAGGAGGAGCUCAACGGCUACAUCUGGCACCUGAUCCACGCCGCCCCCGAGGUGGCAGAGUGUGAUCUCAUCUACACCUUCUUCCACCCCCUGCCCCGGGAUGAGAAGGCAGCCGGAACCAACCCCACCCCAAAGCCGUCAGACGCCACGUGGGCUCGAUCCCUGGGCAAGGUCGGCGGGGAGGUGAAACUCUCCAUCUCCUACAAGAACAACAAGCUCUUCAUCAUGGUGAUGCACAUCCGCGGGCUGCCACCCCUGCAGGACGGCAACGACCCCGACCCCUACGUCAAGACCUACCUGCUGCCCGACCCCCAAAAAACCACCAAGAGGAAAACCAAAGUGGCCCGAAAAACCUGCAACCCCACCUACAACGAGAUGCUGGUGUACGACGGGAUCCCCCGGGGGGACCUGGAGCAGCGGGAGCUGCGGCUGAGCGUGCUGAGCGAGGAGGGAUUUUGGGAGAACAUCCUGCUGGGGGAGGUGGGAAUUCGCCUCCGCGACCUGGACCUGGCCCAGGAGAAGAUGGGCUGGUUCGCCCUGGGCUCCCGUGGCCACGGCACCCUCUGAGUCCCCGUGGGGACCCCCGGGGUGUCCCCAAAAGUGGCUUCUUUUUUAAGUUUACCUUGUGUCAAGGGAGCAACGCGGGGAGGGCGGGGCGUGGGGCGGUUCGGGGGUUAUUUCUUCCUUUGGGAUAUCCGUAUUUUAAUUUUUUUAAUAACGAGUAGCGUGAGCACCGGGGCGGAGGUGGCACGGGGGGGUUGGGGGGUGUGUGGAACCCCCCCACCCCAGGAAUCGGGCAAUUCCCACCGCGGGGAAUUCGCUCCCAAAGGAGAGCGGCGUGGCGAAUUGCCCGUCCCGUGUGGCUGCCGGCCACCCUUGGUGUCCCCAUGCCUGGGGACAUCUGUGUCCUUCCCGCCUGCCACCCGGCCCCGGGUGCGGGCUUGGUGCCUGUGGUGCUUUGUUUACAGCGACAGCUCCGUAAACGGACGAAAUGUUUCUCAGGAUCGAGAAUAAUUAACUUUAACCUUUAUAUUAAAAGUUUUAAAUAUUG